CCCAUCCUAGCCCUCCUCUCCCUCUUCUUCCUCGCCGGCGCUGUCCUCCUCCAAUUCUUCACUAUCUUAUCUGGCGGCGUCAACUCUUCCCCCGAAAACCGUUUCUACUUCCUCGAAGCCAGCAACAUCGGAAACAUCCCUAAUGCCCGCAACCCCUCGCGCUGGACCUUCUGGAAGAUUUGCGGCGUCAACCCCAGAAACGGCCACAAUGCCAACUGCGGGAGCCCGAUUCCUGCACUUCCCUUCGACCCCCCCAGGAAUUUCGGAACCACGCAGAAUGUGCCCAGGCAGUUCAUAGGGACUACCCACUAUUACUAUAUGAGCCGGUUCAUGUUUGCCUUCAUGAUCAUGAGCUUGUUUUUCUCCGUGAUGGCGCUGAUCACCGGCCUGUUGGCGUUGUGCACGAGGAUGGGCGGGUACAUUAGCGGAUUGACGACGUUUGUGGCGUUGUUUUUCCAGAUCAUUGCGGCGAGCUUGAUGACUGCCUGGACCGUCCAAGGCCGCAAUCACUUCCAGUCCAACGGCCAGUCCGCCAAACUGGGCGUUAAGCUCUACGCCUUCACCUGGACGACGGUCGCCCUCUUCGUCCUCUCCAGCAUCCUCUUCUGUCUGUCCGGCGCGCUCGGC